AUGUUGUCUUCUCGUAGCCUUUUCGCAACCCUCACGGCUUCUUUCACCUCAUCCAACUGCAUCGCUCUCCGAACCCUUAACACCGGCGCAGCCGCCGGUAACGGUAAAUAUAAGAUCGCUCAGAUCCGCCAAUGGUCUCCUCCGAUUCUCACCCAUCUCUGCCUCCUCUCUGGUCUUCACUGCAGAUCCAACCAUUCGUUUAGCUUCUCCGGCAUAGCACCCCCGAAAGUGGACGCGCCGGUUGUAGUUGUAACCGGAGCCUCCAGGGGUAUUGGCCGAGCAAUUGCCCUCACGUUGGGGAAAGCAGGUUGCAAGGUCCUUGUCCACCAUGCAAGGUGGACAUCCAAGGAUACUGCAGAGGAGGUUUCCAAAGAGAUUGAGUUUCUUGGUGGGCAAGCUAUAACGUUCGCCGGAGAUGUUUCGGAUGAAACUGACGUGGAAUCUAUGGUUAAAACUGCAGUUAGUACUUGGGGAACUGUUGAUGUAUUGAUAAACAAUGAAGCAAUAGCAACAAAAGGUUCAACAUUGAUGAAUACGACAAAAGCCCAAUUGCAGAAUGUUCUGAAAGUAAAUGUCACUGGUGCUUUUCUUUGCACACAGGCUGCUGUGAAGAUUAUGGUGAAGAAUAGGAAGGGAAGGAUAAUCAAUAUUGCAUCAAGUGUUAAUGGAUUUGUUGGCGAUAUUGCAAAAGGAGGAGUAAUUGGCCUAACAAAAUCUGUGGCAAAGGAAUUUGGUAGCAGAAACAUCACUGUUAAUGUAGUUGCUCCAGGGUUUAUUGUAUCUGAUGACAUGACUGCCAAGGUAGGAAAUGAUGAAGUUGAGAAAAAGAUUUUGGAGAUAAUCCCGUUAGGAAGAUAUGGCCAACCUGAAGAAGUUGCUGGACUGGUGGAAUUCUUGGCUCUUAAUCAAGCUGCCAGUUACAUCACUGGACAGGUUUUCGCCAUUGAUGGGGGUCUGGAGAUGUAAGUCAGCAUCAAUGUCCAAGCUGAGACUGGGAGGCAUAAGCCAAGGAAACAAGACAUCAAGAGAACUCGAUGCAAAAGAUUUUGAGUAUAAAUGUGACAUCGAAAUCUCUUGGUGUGUUGUUUUCUUGAGCCACGUGCUCCUGUAUGACAG